AUGGAGCAGCGGGGGGAGGCGGCUCCAGCUGCCGCUCCAGCGCCCGCCGCCAUUUAGACAUCCCGCCGCAGCAGCCAGAGCCGGGACAGGCUGUACGGGAGGGGUCGGGUCGUCACGGCCGCCGCCGUCACCGUCGCCAUGAGCCGCCUGCCGCAGCUGCUGCUGCUCGCCCUGCUCGUCUUCCCCGCCACGCUGCUGCUCGGGGGCGCCCGCGGCGGCCCAGGCUCAGGUUUGUUAGUUGCAGCUCAAGAUGCUACAGAAGAUGAGGAAGCUGUGGAAGAUACUAUAGUUGAAGAUGAAGAUGAUGAAGCUGAAGUGGAAGAGGAUGAGCCAACAGACUUGACAGAAGAAAAAGAGGAAGAAGACUUAUCAGGAGAACCAAAAGCCUCACCUAGUGCCGAUACAACCAUCUUAUUUGUGAAGGGUGAAGACUUUCCAGCGAACAACAUUGUAAAAUUUCUGGUGGGCUUCACCAAUAAGGGUACAGAGGAUUUCAUUGUUGAGUCUCUGGAUGCUUCUUUCCGAUACCCUCAAGACUACCAGUUUUACAUCCAGAACUUCACAGCUCUCUCUCUGAACACAGUAGUUCCACCACAGAGACAAGCCACAUUUGAAUACUCCUUCAUCCCUGCUGAGCCUAUGGGUGGUCGUCCUUUCGGUCUGGUUAUCAAUCUCAACUACAGAGAUGCAAAUGGCAACGUUUUUCAAGAUGCUGUCUUCAAUCAAACUGUUACAAUUAUUGAAAAAGAAGAUGGGCUGGAUGGAGAAACGAUCUUUAUGUACAUGUUCCUCGCUGGACUUGGUCUGCUGGUCAUUGUUGGCCUACACCAGUUACUAGAGUCUAGGAAGAGGAAAAGACCGGUACAGAAAGUAGAGAUGGGAACAUCAAAUCAGAACGAUGUUGAUAUGAGCUGGAUUCCCCAAGAAACUUUAAAUCAAAUAAUGCAGAGUAGAAGAGAUAAAGCUUCACCGAGGAGGUUGCCCUACAAGAGGGCACAGAAGAGACCAGUGGGCUCUGAUGAGUCCCUGGGCCACUUGGAUGCGAGCUUCCCAUCAGUCUCACGAGAGGAGAGGCGAUUCAGAAAGCACCACCGCAGCAGGACUUAGGAAGGUGUGGAUGCUUCAGCUUCACUGCAAUUCCCUGGCCUCCAGAGCUGGAUACACAACUCACGUGAUUCUUUGGCUCCCUGUCCUGUGAAAUGGGUUUUAUUUAUAGGAAGGCAUAUAAAAUGCAGCUAGCUAAAGCAGCUCUGACAAGCUAAAACAAAGGACUUGUCUCUUUUUUUGACACAUGCACGUGGCUUUUGAAUACAUCCUGCAGAGUUUGCCGCCAUAAACAUUUAUGCGAGAAGAAAACUAUGGUAGCAGAAACCUACUUAAUUUAUAAAAGAAGUGACUGGUACACUACAUGCUGGGAGGAUGCUCACCUAUGUGACCACACGGCUACCAUUAAUUAAAAAAGAGAAUCCUGACCCUGUCUAUGCAGGAAAAUCAGCACUUUUCUGCUGUCUUCAGUUGCUGCGUUGAGGAGCUGCACCAGGAGACAAGCAGCGUUUCCAAGGGGCCUGGCUAGCAGAAAACGCUGGUCAAAAUGAACACGAGUUUUCAGAGUGCUGCAAUCAUCUCCAGCUCAAACCCAGAUCAACUGAAGGAAGAGAAACAGUGAUCCAUUGACACAGAUAAACUCCGGCUUGCACAUCGUCCUCCAGCAGCGCCAAGUCUAAGAACAAGUCACCAUAAACCCACAAGAAGAGCCAUGCCCAUUUAGUAACCUAUAAUUUUUAAAUAUAACAUUUUAUUGCUUAGAUGGUUUGAUACAGAACAAGUUUUACUUUUUAUUUUGAAUUUGGAAGUACUGUACAACUGAAAAAAAAGAGGAAUAAAAGUACCAAAACAAUG